AUGCCAUUCCUGCAUGGCUUCCGGAGGAUUAUCUUCGAGUACCAGCCGCUCGUGGAUGCUAUCCUGGACUCCUUGGGCAUCCAGGACCCCGAACGGCAGGAGCCCCUGGACGGGCCCAGUUAUGCCGCCAGUGAGGAGAGCCGCAUCCUUGUUCUCACCGAGCUGCUUGAGAGAAAAGCCCAUUCUCCAUUUUACCAGGAAGGCGUGAGCAACGCCCUGCUGAAGAUGGCCGAGCUGGGGCUGGCACGCGCGGCCGCCGUGCUCCUGCGGAAUGGAGCCAACCUCAACUUUGAAGACCCGGUCACCUACUACACGGCGCUGCACAUCGCCGUCCUACGGAACCAGCCGGACAUGGUGGAGCUGCUGGUGCGCCACGGGGCCGACGUCAACCGCAGGGACCGGAUCCACGAGAGCAGCCCCCUGGACCUGGCCAGCGAGGAGCCAGAGCGCCUGCCCUGCCUGCAACGCCUCCUGGACCUCGGAGCAGAUGUCAAUGCGGCUGACAAGCAUGGUAAGACAGCCCUGCUCCAUGCUCUGGCCAGCAGUGAUGGGGUGCAGGUCCACAACACCGAGAACAUCCGGCUCCUGCUGGAAGGAGGGGCGGAUGUCAAGGCCACUACCAAAGACGGGGACACAGUGUUCACCUGCAUCAUCUUCCUGCUGGGCGAGACAGUGGGAGGCGACAAAGAGGAGGCCCAGCUGAUCAACCGCUUCUGCUUCCAAGUCACGCAGCUGCUGCUGGCCCACGGUGCCGACCCCAGCGAGUGCCCGGCCCACGAGUCCCUCAUGCACAUCUGCCUCAAGAGCUUCAAGCUGCACUUCCCUCUGCUGCGCUUCCUGCUGGAGUCAGGAGCCGCCUACAACUGCUCCCUACAUGGCGCGUCCUGCUGGUCUGGCUUCCACAUCAUCUUUGAGAGGCUCUGCUCCCACCCGGGCUGUGCGGAAGACGAGAGCCACGCGGACCUUCUGCGCAAGGCGGAGACCGUGCUGGAUCUCAUGGUGACCAACUCCCAGAAGCUCCAGCUGCCUGAAAACUUUGACAUCCACCCUGUGGGCAGCCUGGCGGACAAGAUCCAGGCCCUGCACUUCUCCCUGAGGCAGCUGGAGAGCUACCCCCCGCCCCUAAAGCACCUGUGCCGCGUGUACAUCCGCCUCUACCUUCAGCCGUGGCCCGUGGAUGCCAAGGUCAAGGCCCUGCCUCUGCCCGACAGGCUCAAGUGGUACCUCCUCAGUGAGCACAGUGGCGCCGUCGGGGACGACAUCUGA